AUGGCUACAGCGGCACCAACCACAAUCUCGGAGGAGACUUUUCAACAUCAACAUGUGACGACGGAAGAUCAUGUGGCAAAGGAUGCGGCGGUCCCAGCCGUUGCCGCGUCGACAGUGAUGGAGGAGGCCGGCCAGACUGAAAACCAAGCGCAGAAGCGCUCUCUUUGGAUCGCGUGGCUUUACAUGUUCGAUUGGUACCCUUCACAUCUCUCAAAACAGGAGAAGAAGUUUCUGCGGAAACUUGAUGCUUUCCUACUCACGUUCACAUCACUGGCCUUCUUCCUGAAGUGGCUGGAUUCUUCCAACAUCAACUCUGCCUACGUCUCAGGCAUGAAAGAAGAGUUGAAGCUUUUUGGAAAUGAGUACUCCAUGUUCCAAACAUUCUACAACAUUGGCUAUAUCAUCUGCCAAGUUCCUGCAAUGCUACUACUUUCCCGACCCAAAUAUUCCCGAUACUUUCUGCCAACGAUGGAGGUUCUGUGGAGCGUUUUGACAUUUGCUCAAUGCAAGCUUCAAACCGCUCAUCAGAUCUACGGCACCAGGUUCCUACUCGGCGUACUCGAGACCCCAGUUGCAUCAGGUUCUCUGUUUAUCUUAUCUUCAUGGUAUAAGCCUGAGGAACUGUUCAAGCGCGCGGGCUUGUGGUACGUAUCAAAUAACAUUGGCGUGAUGUUUGGUGGAUACCUCCAAGCGGCAGCUUACAAGAACUUAAACGGGGUCCAUGGUAUGGCAGGAUGGCGCUGGCUUUUCAUCAUCGACGGCUGUAUCAGUCUUCCCAUCGGGAUUGCUGGCUACUUCAUUUUCCCCGGUAUGCCCACCAGCGGCAAGCCAUGGUGGCUUACCCAGGAAGAACACGAAAUUGGCCAACGAAGAAUGAGAGAAGAAGGUAUCGAAGAGCCGAAGAAAAUCAGCAUGCAGAUGUUCAAGCGCGUCUUCGGUCACUGGCACUGGUACAUUGGCGUGCUGGCCUAUGUGUUAUUCCUGUCAGGAGCGUACCCUCAUGGCCAGAUGGCUCUUUGGCUCAAAGAUCAAGCAGAUAAAUGGGGCAUUUACACAGUGCCACAGAUCAACACUAUCCCUACGGGAGCGCAGGGGGUUUCAGUCGUUGCGGCAGUGUUGGCUACAUCUCUGUGCAUGGUUUAUCCCACAUGGGUCAUCUUCCACAUCGUCAUGGCCAUUUUCAUGUUUGCGAACAUUGUGCAAAUGGUUUGGUUUGUGCCACAUGGUCUGCACUUUGUGUCUUACUAUCUCUUCGGUGUCAGUGCAGCCGUUACGCCUAUCUUGGUACCAACCGUGAACUACUGGCUCAAGGAUUCGGCCGAGGCACGCGCAUUCUGCACAGGAAGCAUGCUAACGCUCGGUUUCGCGAUCUCGAGCUUUUACCCCCUUGUCGUGUUUCCAGUGGUAGAGGCUCCUCGGUGGAAAAAGGGAUACAUUGUCAACUUUUUCUUCAUUCUAGGAUGUUGGGCUUCUCUCACGACUGGUUUCUUCCUAUAUCAGUUGGCAAACUCUAUCAAUGAAGUGGUCCAGCCGUGGAUCGACGGCUUCGUUGCCGGGACUGAUCCAGAACAUCCAGAGUACUGGGGAAAGAUCAACGAUAUGGACCAACGCAUGGUUGAGGCCGAGAUCAUCUCAUUUGCCUUGCUCUCCGCCCCUGAGAGAAUCUUCGCUCCACUAAGCGAUCAAGCCAAACAGAAUGUCACGAACUGGCUUCGUACCCUUAAUGGAAUGGAGAUGCCUAAGAAUAACUGGCGCUGGUUCCGAGUAUUUGGUAACCUGGCGCUUAGCAAAGUCUGCGGUGUCCCAUUCGAGGACGUCCGAGACGAGUUGAACUCGGACCUGGAGCUUUUGGAUACCUUCUAUCGUAUGGAUGGAUGGUCAGCCGAUGGACCUUGGCAGACCGCCGAACACGCCCACGAUGAGUUUGAGCAGUUCGGAAAGACAGGGAGACGUGACGCCAUUGGAAUUGGCCGCCAGGCGGACUACUACUCUGGCAGUUUUGCCAUCCAGUUCAGCCAACUGCUUUACUCACGUUUUGCUGCAGAUCUAGACCCUAAGCGAAGUGCGAUCUAUUGUCAGCGUGCUAGAGACUUUGGAGCUACGUUUUGGAGAUAUUUCGACGCUGAUGGUGCCGCUAUCCCCUUCGGUCGAUCCCUGACUUACAGGUUUGCCUGCGGUGGCUACUUCGCAGCCGUGGCUCUGGCCCAAGUAGACGACUUGCCAGCACCUCUGAACACACCCGGCGCCGUGAAAGGGUUCUUGAUGAGACAUCUUCGCUGGUGGGCUGAGAACUCCGACGAUAUCUUCUACCCAGAUGGAACUCUGAAUAUUGGAUGGCUGUACCCGAACAUGUUCAUGUGUGAGGAUUACAACUCACCGCAGUCCCCCUACUGGUGCCUGAAGACCCUCGUUGCCGUUGGACUCAGCGAGAACGACUCAUUCUGGACUGAAGACGAGUCAUUCUUCUCUGAAUCGGCGCCUUCGGACUCAGUGACUGUCGUUCGGGCUCCAGAACAGAUUCUCUGCAACCACCCCAGCAGCAACCACCACUUCCUCCUCUCGCCGGGCCAAUUCGUCGCAUGGCCAAUGAAAGCAAAUCAGGCAAAGUAUUGCAAAUUUGCUUACUCCUCGGCUUUCGCCUUCUCUGUGCCGACAGGCCCCCUCAUUCAACAAAUUGCGCCUGACAAUGCCCUGGCUCUUAGCAAGGAUGGAGGCGAGACCUGGGCAGUCAAGUGGAAGUCUGAUGACGUGAGAUUUUCAACAGCUCAUAUCAAAAGUUCCUCGGGCUCAGAAAAGGUGCAAGUGGCGAGCGCUGUCUGGUAUCCCUGGGGCGAUCGUGCGGUCAUUGUCGACACGACACUGAUUCCGCCGACGACCCGUUGGCCAGACUGGCACGUGCGAAUCCACCGGAUCAAAGCCAGCGAAAAAUUGAAGACACUGCAUACGGUCGAGGGCGGGUUCGCUAUCUUCAGUCGUAAAACGGCCGAUGGCAUGCCGCUUCCUGUCACCGAUACCAUCUCAAAUGACGCUACACUGGGCGUGACUGAGGGAAUCGUUCAAAAGAAGAGCUCAGUGCUGAUUUUAUCUUCCGCUGGCGCGAGCGGAGUGGCCACGAGAGAUCUUAAUGGGGAUGGAAGAACAUCAGACUGUUUACCCCUUAAGCCAGAUUCUAACACAAACUUGGCGUCGCAGCGAACAAUGAUCCCAGUUGCAUCUCACAGCGUUAUUGGAGGUAUCGAGGCUGGAUCUGAGUUCAUUCUAGUCGAGUCAAUAUUUGCAAUUUCUACAGAGGCGAAUGGCGGACGCGGCCUGACCGGGAAAGGACUGCAGCAGCGUUGGAUAGAUGUACCUCUUGUCCGCAUUGGGAGUAAUCCUGUGUCCAAUGGAGAGGUCAUUGCGGUUGAUGUGUGA